AUGGCAACAGAGCCUGUGCCAAAACAACUUCCCGACAAGUGGCAGCACGAUCUUUUCGACAGUGGCUUCGGGGGUGGUGCCGGCGUGGAGACGGGUGGGAAACUGCUGGUGUCCAAUCUGGAUUUUGGAGUUUCAGACGCCGAUAUUCAGGAACUCUUUGCUGAAUUUGGAACGCUGAAGAAGGCGGCUGUGCACUAUGAUCGCUCUGGCCGCAGCUUAGGAACAGCAGACGUGCACUUUGAGCGGAAGGCAGAUGCCCUGAAGGCCAUGAAGCAGUACAACGGUGUCCCUCUGGAUGGCCGCCCCAUGAACAUUCAGCUUGUCACAUCACAGAUUGAUACACAGCGGAGACCUGCACAGAGCGUAAACAGAGGUGGCAUGACUAGAAACCGUGGCGCUGGAGGUUUUGGUGGCGGUGGAGGCACUCGGAGGGGCACCCGUGGAGGCGCCCGUGGAAGAGGCAGAGGUGCCGGCAGAAAUUCAAAGCAGCAGCUUUCGGCAGAGGAGCUGGAUGCCCAGCUGGACGCCUAUAAUGCGAGAAUGGACACCAGUUAAACAGACCGGCAAAUCCGCGUGUGGAACAGGACCCAGGCGUUUCCUCUUGCUCCCUGGUCGGGGGUGGGCGGUAGCUGGGGCUGUGCGGCCAAUGAUGGAUUUGUUUCUUUUAUGUUUUAAAAUAGGAUUUAAAAACUCAUGUAAAGGUUUUUUUUUUUUUUCUUCCUUUUUUUUUUUUUUUUUAAAUUCUGAAACAGACCUGUUUUGUACCGAGUUAUUUUUGGGAUAAAUUUUACCGGUUGCUGUUGUGGAGAAGGUGGCGUUUCCACCUUUUCCAUAAUAAAAUAGAAAUGUGUGUAGAACUGGAA